GACACAAAGGGGUGAACAGAGAUUGUUAAUUUACAUGAGGAAGCUGUCUCUGUCUAGAUAUUCUCUACCUAUUUUUGUGACUGUUUCAAAUGUUGGGCAAAUGAGUUAAGCAGUAAAAAUCUGGCAGUGGCUCUUCUGUUUUACCAGAAUUUCAAUAAAACAUAUGGAGUUGGAGGGGAUUCUGAUGCUACUCUUGCAGGCUAAUAUGUCCAUCUAAAUAUCUCUGUCACCAGAGCAUGAAAAAACAAGCCAUAAAGUUGGUUUUGUUUUGUAUGAAAAUGACAAACUUUUCCAAGCCAAUAAUCUUCCAGAAGAGUUAAAUUACAACAAAAGAGUCAUCUCAGCCGCAGAUCAGAGGAAAAAUGCUACCGUCGAAAUGGUGAUCAAACCUCAAUUCAAUAAAAGGAUGUUCCAGCUGAAUAACUAUGCCUGUGUCUUUUGGAACCUGACAACGAACGUGUGGGAAACAAGAGGCUGUGAAAAGCGAUCUGUUCACGAAGGAUUCCUGCAGUGCUACUGCAACCACACCACUAACUUUGCCAUAUUAAUGAAUUUCAAGAAAAAUUAUCAUUACCCCAAAGCUCUGGAUAUAUUGUCUCAUAUUGGGAGUGGACUAUCCAUUUGCUCCCUGGUCUUCACAAUUAUAUUUAAGAUUGUCACCAGGAAAACACGGAAGACCUCUGUAACCUGGGUGUUUGUAAGCCUCUGCAUGUCUAUGCUGAUUUUCAACUUACUCUUUCUCUUUGGAAUCGAGAACUCAAACAAAGACCUAGCAAAUGUGGCUGAAAGCAGUAAGAUAUUUCAAAGGAACAAAGCCAAUGAACCAAUUAACGAAGACAUACAAGAUCCCGAAAACGCUGUUUGCACAGUAGUAGCUGCCUUAUUGCACUAUUUUCUGCUGGUGACAUUUAUGUGGACUGGACUCAAUGCCGUGCAACUGUAUUUUCUUCUGCUUAGAACCAUAAAGCCUCUCCCCUCCCAUUUCACCCAAAUCUUGUCACUUAUUGCGUGGGGAGUUCCUGCUAUCGUGGUGGCCAUUACACUUGGAAUUGCCUAUAGUGGUGACAAAGGGGGAGCUUUGUAUUAUCGGAAAGAGGAAUUCUGCUGGCUCGCAGGUAUAGAAGAUGGGCCACCUGGGGAAAAGAAUCGUCUUGGAAUAAGGAGUCCAAUGCUGUGGUCAUUCCUUCUCCCUGUGACCAUCAUCCUGAUCAAUAACACUGUCAUCUUUAUCAUCAUCACAGUCAAUGUGCUCUGGAAGGAAAAUCACAACCUGACAAAAACCUACAAGGCUUCAGCUAUGAAAAAGGCUCUUAGAACUUUAUCGGUCGCUAUGAUUUUUGGAAUUACGUGGAUCUUAGGUUACUUGAUGAUGGUAGCCAAUGACGGGAUGACGACAGUGUUCAGCUAUGCAUUCUGUAUUUUCAACACCACCCAGGGACUGCAAAUUUUUGUGUUUCAUACCGUUAAAACAAAGAUCUUCCAGGACAAAGCAUCUGAACUGUUCAAGACAGUGUCUGCCUGCACGAUGAAGCUGAGGUCAUUGUCCUGGACAGAACAACUUCAUCUGAAAGUAAAGUCGUAUGAUAUAGUCAAAGCAUUUUCAUCCAGGAAGUAUCGUUUUAGAACAUUUACCUCCUCCCCUACCACAGAGGAGAGUGUCCUUAGUGGAAAUUACCUAAGUUUUUCAAGUUGAUAAAGUUGUAAAGUAGCAGUUUUGACAAUUAUUCUUCACUAAGCUUCCCUCCUUCUUUUGAUCUAAGCCCCCUAAGUGAGACAUCUCACAGGCAGACUGUUUGGGUCUGGAUUAGCUUGGGCCAAUAUGGUCUGGAGGAGGUCUUCAUUCUUACUAGUUCAUUCCUGCCUCUGUGACUCCACUGAGGAUGGGUUGAACCCAAACCCACGGCAGGUCUAACGAUGUCCCAGAUAUUAAUAACCUAAACCGAACCCCUAGGCCAACUGUGGAGCAAUCAAACCCUGGAAUGAUGGGAAGACUGGUACUGACAUGGUUGCUCUGUGAGAGUAGGGCUGGCCAAGGGGAUGUGCUUUGACUACUGCCAGAGUGGACUUGUCAGUCCCUGCUUUGUAUGGGCAAGUUCCGCCUUGAAAUUAUGGAAUUCAACCAGACCUGGCUUCAGAUUUGUGGCAAGUGAACUGGUUAUGCAACUCACCGUCAGAACAAGAAACCUUGGUUCUUGGAGACAUUUCAUGGUCUAGGGGUCACUUUUUGAGUACUUAGGAGGGAGGGACUUUGAAACUCUUAGGGUCCUGGCCUUGGCUUGUGUAAUUUGGGGGAGAAAAAUUACAAAAAAGAAACCAUUUUGUUCGCCUGGGCCUCUGUUUCUCCAUUUUGAAACUGGGGUGACAAUAGCAUCCCACCCAAUUACUUAUCCAACAUAGCUCUGUGAUACGGGAGAGAAUGUCUUCUUGAAAGCAGUGCAUUUAUCAAAUCUUAGAUCAGGAAUCUGAUCGAUCAGGGCCUGUAGAACUGGUGGCUUCUGGCUAGAUAAAUGACUUAUGAAUGACCUGUGAAGAGAUGUGUCUUGGUUGAAGGUUUUUGUUAAAAUAGGGAAGCUUAAAGUAGUGUACUCUGCUAGUUCUGUCAGACUUCUGCAGUGUAAUAGUCACUUGCUUCUCUUGUUAUUUUUGUGAUUUUUCGACGAUUAGAGAAUCUUGCCUUAUUAAUAUGCUUCUUUAAAUAAAGGUGUCAAGCACAUGAGGAAAUUGGGCAGCCUUGGCUUAGAUGAUUAGCUCGGCUUCCUCUUUAAAUGUCAUGGGGGAAAAAUCUAUAGUUCGGACAUCCUGUCCAUGGGACAGAAAAGGUCAGCGUGAGUUGGGCAUCUAGGCCUGAAUGUGAGUGUAAGUACAGCCAUAUUUGCAAGGAUCAAACAUUUUGGGGAUUUAUGAGGUGAGGUGAUGUGAGACAAAAUGGAACUUGGACUCUUUAGUGCCCACAACAGAUAAUACUGUAAUUUAAUGUCUGUCUCUCCCUUUAGACUGUAAGUUCCUUGAGAGCUGGGAUCGUGUCUCUUAGCUCUACUGUAACCUCCCAAGUGCUUAGUUCAGUUCUUUGCACAAAAUAAAUGCUCAAUA